UCCUACAAAAGACUAUUUUAAGGCUUGGAACGCAUUAUUUCUGUUUCCAUUCAUUGUCAUGGGAAAAAUCGAUUCAGAUUUCAAACAAAUCGCUUCUCGAAUGGCCGUCUGGAACGGAUUGUGGUCGAGAACCGAGGUACCACUGUAUGUAAGGAGCCAAAAAAAAAGCCUCUGGUGUUUGGAAGUCUGUAACUGACUCUCCAAAAAUAAAAAUAAUGAACUAACCACAACAACAGUUAUUGUGCGUCUCCAGAUUAUUUUCUGGCGUAGAUGGAGAAUUCAGAGCCUGCAGUCACAAGUGGGCUGAGAAGCACAGUGCGAAAAGUCCAGUACAGCCAAGGCACCCUCGACAUGCUGAACUUGAUGAUGCAAGAAAAGCAUCUCACUGUCCGUCAAAAGCAACAGAUAAACAAAUGCCUCAAGAGUGGCGCAGCGCUACCACGUGAGACAGUCGCUCCUUCAGUUCCUCCUCAACCGAAACCCACUAAACGCUCGAAGACGCGGCCUCUGGCGAAGCGCAGCGCGGCAGCGUGUCGCCGCUGGGUCACAUCUACGGAAGAGCCUCCGCCACUUCCUGCUCCUCGGAACUGGGAGGAGGAGAAACUUCGGCUUCAAACCAUCUUCCAGGCGGGAAAAGAAGCGCCACGUCGUGUUGCUCAGAUGAGGCCAGAAGUGAGCGGUGAACGCGUGAGGAUUGAGGAAGUUCUGGACGCAGUCCAGGAGCGGAGGCAGUUCCUGGCAGACAUGGCGGCUCUGGGGCAGGAGCAGCGCUACAGCCACAUCAUCAACAAGCAGAUCGCGCAGAAACUACGCGAACUGAAAAUGUUGGAAAAAGAAGACAGACUGAAAUAAAGAUGGGAUGAACCUGAAGAUUCCUGUGGGACCACGACUGCGCCAGAGAGACGACGGUUUAUUUAUUUAUUUAUUUUUUUUUCAUUGGAAGUAACACGUACAUUAUUUUGUAGAUCACCUAUAUGUCCUUUUUUCUUUUAUUUGUGACAGAUAAUCCAAUUAAAAAUAAUCAUCCGCUCCUCAUGGCUUCGUAGUGACAUGAAAUCAGUUUAAAUCACAUUUUUAUAUUAUUUGUUUUAUUUUAUUUAUCUUUGGUGGUUAUAUAUACACUCGUCCUCAA